CGGGGGAUCUUUUGUUGUUGUUGUUGUUGGUGUCUUUGUGAGGGGGUGACAUAGUCCUGUGUGUGAGUGAGCGAAUGAGCAGGGAACCUGAUCUUCAUGUCUCCCACCCUUCCUCCUCCCACCUCUCUGCCUGCAGCUGCGUGAAGACACAAAUGCGCCUCCCUGCCCUGUGCGAUCCGCACAUCAAAGGCGGACCCACCUCCUUGUGCCACGCACCUUUUACCGUGGAUAUUACAACAUUUCGACCGUGGGAAACAUUUAUUUACCUCAUCUAACGUCGGAAAAAAGGCGUGCGCAGGUGACAACGGACGCAGAUCGACGCAGGUAAUUGUGAAACGCGAGAACAUGGAUGACGUCACCAAUCACCGCGUCGAGCACCUCGCCAUGUUCUCCGUGGACCAGCGAGCGGUGCAUCGGGCGGUGCCCGUGGGAGUGCGCAAGCUGCACGUGCUGCGGCACAAGGGGAAGGUGUGGAGCCAGGAGAUGAUGCUGCAGGUCAAUGGCCACUCCGUCUCCCUCAUCAGCAAAGACACGCAGGACGUGCUGGAGAACUUCCCGCUGGCAUCUGUGCAGCGCGUGGAGGCCGUGCCGUUCGAGCUGGAGAGCGGGACGUCGCGGGAGGAUGGCCUCCUUGCCAUCCUGUGCCAGGAUGACACGCAGAGACGACCCGAUAUUCACCUCUUUAGCUGUCGCGAAAUUCCGGUGGACCUCGUCUGCCAGGACAUAACGAGCGCGCUUGCGGACGCUCAGGCGGGGAAGGGCCGCACGAAGGAGCGUCCUGCAGUCGUGGAAAAAAUCCGAAAGUUGCAACAACAGCGAGAGGACCGGAGUGCCGCCAAGCAGCGACCCGCCGAUGUGCCCGGCACCUACACGUACACACCUCUCCCGGCCGCCGCCGCCGCCGCCGCCGCGCCCAUCCCGCGGCCGGAGUCGGUGACCCAGCAGCCGCCUGAGGCUGCGGCGCUCCCCAAGGGCGUGCGGAGCAAGGAGGGGGCUGAGAGGGCGAAGCCGGCGGCCGCUGUGGACCGCGCGACCCCCAGGCUCGCCGGGGAUGAGCAAGGAGGGCACGGUGCUAGAGAAGCCGGAGUCCAGAGGAGGGCUGAGGACAAGGAGGAGCUCGCGGAGCACCCAGAUAUGCAAGCGUUCAAGGUGGUGCAGAACACGCAAACCCUGACGCGGUCCCUGGAGGACGUGGACUUCUUCGUGGCUAAGUUGGACCGCGUGGCGUCCGCGUGCCGCGAGCUGCACAAGCGCAAGGGCAAAGGUCACAGCGCCAGGGUCGGCUCCGGAGUCGGGGUGCUGACCCUGCGUGCAAAGCCGCCCACCGAGGAGGAGUUCAUCGAGUGCCUGCAGAAAAUUAAGUUUUCAUUCAACCUACUGGCUCGGCUGAAGGAUCAUCUCCAUGACCCCACUGCCGAGGAACACGUCCAAUCCCUCUUCCAGACGCUCACCAGGGUAGUGCAGGAGAGCGGGGGGCCCGAGCUGGCCGAGACGGUGGUGAGCCCCCUGCUCACUCGCGACGCGCUGCUUCUCCUUGCUCCGAGCACCAGCGGGGACGGCAUCCACCUGUGGAGCAGCCUCGGGGAGGCGUGGAGCACACCAAGGUCCGCGUGGAAUAAGCCGGCACCCGUGCCCCACUACGUGCCCGUGUUCCGAAGCGGGUGGCAGCCCCACGUGCAGAAGAAGGUUUCGUUUGUGGACGCCGAGCCGUCUCAGCCCAGCCCCAGCGCGUGGCCACCGGGACAAACGAGGGGGAUGGCGCGCUGCCUCUACGACUACGUGGCGAGGAGCAGCAGCGAGAUCUCCGUGCUUGCUGGAGACAUCCUCCAGGUGCUGGACUCGACUCGGUCGUGGUGGAAGGUGGCCAGUAAUGGGGCCCAGCAGAUGGGAUACGUCCCCCACAACAUCCUGGAGCCUCUCAACUCCAUCUUGUACCCCACGCCCACCCCGGCAAUGGACAGGGGCAAGGGGGCCCCCUUGCCACCCCCCUUGUCUCCGUCGCCCAUCGUGGGAAGCCCUAAGGGGGCCCCAGUGGACAACUACCCCAACACCUUGAAGCAGCAAGAGGGCACCAAACAUAAGCCACCUAUACCUGCGGCGUGGAAAGACCGCACGGGGCAACUGGACCAGAUGCAGCAAGAGUUGGCGCUGAAGCUGAAACUCAGGAAGGCGGCAAAGAAAACGGCCGGCAGCUCGGACGAUGAGGGAGUCAUCGACGGGGAGAGUGAUGACCCCGGAGACCUGGAGAACUGAGCAGAAGGGAGCGCUCGAGGUAGUUUUUGAACGGCGGUGGCCGUGAGCGGCGCAAAAGGCCAACGGUGAUGGGGGUGAAGGAUCGAGGCCGAUGGGUUGGGGCGGGGGGGGGGGGGGGGUGCUGUUUCUGCCCGUGUCUCUGCCAUCUCGCGCUAACGUUGGGGGUUCGAUCGCCAGUGGCAAAGGGUCACGUGGGUAUUUUCGAUUGUGCCUUCGAAUUUCCCCCACUCCCCCUCUCGCCCAAUCAUCGGCUGGGAUCUGAACUUGACACUUGUCCAUUCGUGGACCAAUACGUAAAUGGUGGCAUCACGCACGCGGCACGUGAGGCCGCAAACAUGUACACACGUAAUAAAAAAAAUAUAUACCAAUACUUUCAUUUUAUAUAGUGUCAUUCAUGCUAGUAGCAUCCCACAACGCUGUACAUUAAUCACAUAUGACGACCAAAUCCCACAUAUACAGCCACUACUAAGCAAAUGGAAACCCCCUACUGCCAAGAAAAAUCAGAAAUGAAUAAACAAAUUAAGAAAUGCCACCAAAACUAAAAAGUACAAACAACAACAAAAAUAAGUCCAUGCAUUGAAUACAACUCAGACGUGCAGCAGGCACCUACAUUAUUUGAGGGCACCAAGACACCAAACAUGCUCGACGCUCCUCAUACAUAUUUAAAAAAUCCAUAUAUUAUUCACGCUCAUGCACAUAUACCCAUUGAUGGGAUAGCUUCCGCUGUUGAGGAACGUGGCGAUAGCGAUUUAUAAUUCGUGAACAGUUCCUACCCUAUGACCAAAUAACCUGGAAUGUGCCCGAUCUCGUCAGAUCUUGAAACCUAAAGCAGAGUUGAACCCGGCCAGGGAUGGGAUGGGUGACUGGCAUGUGUGUAUGUAUGAACGUCUUUCGCACCGUACGUAGCCAACCGCGCUAAUCGGGUGGGGGUGGGGGGGGAACAAACUAAACACAAAAAGGAGUUCUAAAGAAAUGAGUUUUCAAUCUUGAUAUAAAAGUGCGUUGCUCCGGUGGGUUCCUAAUAUCGGAAGGCAUGCGCAGACAGACAGGUGUGCCAUAGGGCUGCGGGACGACGUGGUGGGCAGCAGAGGGCGCACUGCAAAUAAUUCCAUUGUUGUGUGGCACUUCUAUGAUUUCACGCCUGUGCCACCUUCAUCAGACCUAACUGGCCGGCGUGGUGAAGCCUGGCCAGUUUCACGGCCACGACCCGCACAGUGCCUGGGGGCCUCUGUGGGGGCUCCUGUCUGGCAGUGGAAUCCACACGUUUCGCAAACUUUAGAAGACGUACGCUCGCACAACAACAAAUUAUAACGUACAUUUUAUUAUAUGUAUUACGUAAUACUCAAUAGAAAUAAUAAUACUACACAAUAUGCACAUUACUCAGUAGAACCCAACAUGCAUAUGCUGUAUGGGGGUAUGCAUGAUGCAUAUAUAUAAAAUUACAUCGGAUACGUACAGAUGCAAACUUUAACAAAACAGUGGCAUUCACCACCAGGUGAAUGCUUGGAUAGACACGGGGCCUAUGGCACGCUUCGCGUACCAAUAAAAGCCACAUGGAGUGCUACGAGGUUCAUAGGCAGAGGGUGGAGAUAUUCUUUCGGGAGCUGAAAUAAUUUUGAGGUGGCUGGAAAUAUUUUUCGUUUCCAAAUAAAUCGCCACAUUUAAAGAGUAAUUGAAAUAGAAAAAAAAAAUGAGAAAAUGUAUCUUUAAAAAGCAAGGUCGCCACAAGCAGAGAACGUGGGAGACCGAGGACGCAUCCACAGGCACGGGUUCACUCAUCGGGCCAGCCAAGAGUAAAAUGUUUCUCUCUUCAAGGUUCAAUGAACGUGCUUCUUUAAACACGUGGAGUCUGGCGAGCACCACACGGAGAGGACCCGCGUUGGUCUCGUGGUGGCCUUGCGCUCUCGGCGAGUGCGGCCUCGAGAGGUUUCGCUGUGGGCUGGCUGUGAAUAAUCUGGGCCCAGCUAAUAGUUUUUUUUUUUUAGACGGCUAGAAGCCCUCGUAUAACCCCAGCCAGCCGUGCGCCGCCCAUGGGAAACGACCACUCUAUGGGAUGGUGAAGAUGGGGAUAUUUAAUGAUUUAUUUUACCAAGGUAAGGCCCACUGAGCGAUGUAGCUCUCUUUCAGAAGCGGGCCUGGCCAUCACAAAUGAUAGCUCAACCAAGUGGCUUAUCACAUGGACAUUUAUGG